UUAAAAGUAAUCAUAUCCCAUACUGCUUCAUGCAAAAUGUCAGCCUCCGUGUCACAAAAUUUACUGUCGAUUUUAAAAUUCGCUGUCUUUUUUAUGAUUGCACAAUUUGUUAACAAUGUCAUCAGCAACACUGAUCACCAUUUACACAGCUUCUUUUUAUGUAGAAAAUGUGGCCGCGAGAUAGUGCAAGUUUCCAAUGUCAUCAAUGUACCGAGUGAUAUGGCAAUCAGCAAAAGGAAUGAUUCUUUAGGGCCUGCAGAUCGUGUCAUGGUACAGCUCUUUAAAAAUCCACAAGGUGCAAUGUUUGAGGUUAUAACUACAAAAGAAGCAAAUGUUUUUAGAGCCAGUGAGCAGGUGAGUGGAGACACGUGGUGGCCUGGUUACAAUUGGAUCAUUCUGGGAUGUCCUCAGUGUCAUCAACAUGUUGGAUGGGAGUAUAUUCCACAAAAUAAAAACUCAGACGCAAAAUCGUUUUUUGGAUUGGUGCUUAGUAAUUUAUUAUAUGAAAAUGAGGCUGACGAACUUAUUGUUUUACCGAAAUCUUAUCAAAGCUGACACAGGUUGACACUAAGUUCCAUGCAGUGAUUCACAGACAAGAUCUGACAGAAGCAAAGUUGGUUCUUUGUGUUUUGCGGCCCAAUUGCUGCAUUAACAUUUACAAACAGUGGUAUGAUCCAUUGAGUUCAUUUGUUGAACUAAACAUCUAGAGUAUGUUUAUGUGAUAAAAAAUGAAAGAUA